AGCCAUCUCGGCCCAGGUGGGUGUUGUUUGCGGCAGCUGCCCCGUGGUAUCUGCGAGCAUGCCAGGGGAUGAUGACUACUACCAGGUCCUCGGGAUUGCCCGGAACGCCAGCGACGAUGACAUAAAGAAGGCCUACAGAAAGGCAGCGCUUCAAUGGCAUCCAGACAAGAAUCCCGACAACAAGGAGCGCGCCGAGGCGAUGUUCAAGCAAGUCGCGGAAGCUUACGCAGUGCUUGGCGACCCUGGCAAGAGAAGCAUGUACGACGCAGGGGGCAAGGACGCGGUGAACGGCAACGGUGGGGGUCAUGAUUUCGGUGGUUUCAGCCGAGGCGGCGGCGGGGUUGACGCGUUCAACCUCUUCGAGCAGUUCUUCGGGGGCCGCGACCCCUUCGCGGAGAUGGACGCCAUGUUCGCGGACAUGCACGGUGCACAGCGGCGUGGCGGCGGCCAGCAGGGCGGCAGGUCCCCGUUUGGCCGCAUGGGCAGCAUGGGCGGCAUGGGCGGCAUGGGAAGCAUGUUCGGUGACGACCCGUUCUUCAACGGAGGUGGUGUUGGUGCUGGCGGCGGCUUCAGCUCCUUCAGCUCCUUCAGUUCCAGCUCGAUGAACGGGGGCGGUGGCAUGAUGUCUAGCACAACAACCACAACCAAGACUGUCAACGGGAAGCGCGUCACGGUCACCGAGAAGACGGUGAGGAAGGCCGACGGCACCGUGGAGACCACCCGCUCGGAGUCCUCCGCGGACGGCGGUGGCGGCGGCGGCAUGCUGCAAGGUCAAAGCUUCUUCGGGGGCGGCUUCGGGGGCGGCAGCUUCUUCGGAGGGAGCGGCAACAACAGGUUGGGCUUCUAGAAGCCGCGCGCUCUCACUGCUGACCCCUAUCUGAAUGGCCAGCGCGCGAUCUGAUAGUGAGGCAGUCGCGCAGCCUUCCGAGCAGAAUGUGCAGGCAGCGCCAGACGGAGACUUCGGAAGGGCCGACGUGCUGACAAAAUUACGACUUCGGAGGCCUGCGCACGGACGGCGCGUCGAGCGCCCCUCUGCGGAGGCGGGCGGGGGCGCUGGGAGCGCUGGCUGGCCUGCUCGAGUCUUGCGUGUCGCGAUGGGGGAUGGAGGGGUGCAGGACGGGGUCCCGGAAGGGCCCCUCCAGCGCCCCCGACGGUGCAUAUGGGAUGUUCCCCCUGCCCUCGCUCUCGGCGCCCCGGCCGCCGCCGUGCCAGCUGUGCAGCUGCGCAGGCGUGGCAGUGUGAAACACGCUGUCCCUGCGCUCCUCCCCUGCUCCGCCCGUCCUCCUGCUCGUUUCUCGCGCCCGCCGAGGCUUGGGCAGCGAAGGGACGGCCGGGGUCCCGGCUCGCCUUGUCACCGUGUCUUCCAAGUUCCGCACCUGCGUGGGGGC